CUUUGAGUGUCACAACAUCCACGAAACUGUGCAGAAGCGCCAUCUCCUGGGACUUUUCCUGACUGAUUCCAGGCGGUGUAAAGUUCAAGAGGAAAAAUUUGCAGAAAUGUCGUCAAUUUCCUUUAAAUUCUACUAUGACUUGCUCUCACCACCUUCGAGAGCUCUAAUCACAUUUUUCAGGGUAGCAAACAUCCCGGCAGAACCCAUUCCAAUAGCUCUGAGGAAAGGUGAACAUCUUACAGAGAAGUACAAGAAGGAAGUCAGCAGAUUCCCUACCCUUCCCUGCAUCAAUGACAAUGGGUUUAGGCUUUCAGAGAGCGUGGCUAUUGUGAGGUAUCUGAAGAAUACCCGGGGAUUUGAUGAUUUUUGGUAUCCAGAAGAUCCAAAAGCUCAAGCACUAGUUGAUGAGUAUCUGUCAUGGACACACAAUAACAUCCGGAUGACUUCUGGUCUUUAUUUUAUCACAAAGUGGCGUACUCCAAUUUUGACUGGACAGAAGGCUGAUGAGAAGGAAGUUGCCAAACUUGAGGCUGAACUCUCAAAGACUCUAGAUAUCAUUGAGAAUAUCUGGCUCAAAGCCACACCAUUUAUCGCAGGGGAUAGUCUUUCUGUGGCUGAUGUCUUUGCGGCAUGUGAUAUUGAACAACCGAGAAUUUGUGGCUUUGAUCCUCUGAAUUCCCGGCCCAAUCUUACAGCAUGGUUUAGUCGUGUUAAGGAGAAACUCGAUCCAAUCUUCACGGAACAUCACAAAUUCAUCUACAAGUACGGUCAGCGGUUCCAGGAAGCUUCCAAACUCUGAAGGAACUGCGCCGGCGUGGAUUCCAUGAGUUCCACAGGCCAGGUGCUUUUGAUUGUCAAUGUGACCAUGGAUAUUUUGGGGUGAAGGAAGGGAAAAAACAAGUGGUUUUAAAUUAAUAAAAGAGCAUCAGUGCGAACUGAUAAGACUUCCGA